UGGCAGGAAUAAGCAGUUUUAAUAAAUAUUACAAAGUAUCAUUUAAAAAAUAACCAUUAGAUUUUAUAUAUCUCUAACCCAUACAGCUGUGCACACACACGUUGCACUGUUUUAAGUUGUCGUCUGCUCGUUGCACUGUUUUAAGUUGUCGUCUGCUCGAUGUCAAGACUCCACAUACGGCAGUUUGUGGCAGGAAUAAGCAGUUUUAAUAAAUAUUAAAAAGUACGCGCGCUUAUCUGCAGCAGUUUACUGUACAGCUUAUCAUUUAAGCGAGCAUUUGGCACAAUAUCGACAACGCCAGUAUUUUAGUCAUCAUGUCGAUUCAGAUGACACACACAACUAAACCCUGUGAAUCAGGUGUACCAAUCAAGGAAUAUCCUGACUUGCUGGCCAUCCUUCCUGAAGGACAGGAAUAUCAUGUCUGCUGGUAUUCAGCAAUGGGUGAAGGCAAGUUUAAGUGUGAAAUAAGAGUGCCCAUCACUACUGCAGAAGAUGCAAGAGCUUGGUUUGACCAACACAAGAAAAAGGCCCAGAUUACAUGGCGUGUAAAAACAACUGCCCGAGUUACUGGGAAAGGAACCCUACUGAAAAUCUAUUACAGGUGUCAGCACAAUACUUUACCAAGAAGUAAAACAGCAGAUGAGAAGCCAAACUCCAAAAAUACAAAUUGCCCCGCUCAGAUGACCUUGACAGUCAAAGCAACUACCAUGAAAAAAAGCAGUGACCAUCAUUUGCCAGCUUUGCCUAUGAUUGUGCAUAUUGAGCAUGUGCAUAAUCAUCCAAUUACAGGCAAUGCCAAAGUAAUGCAGCACCGGGAUGUGUCAGAGGACACAAUUCAAAAAUUUAAAGAUUUGUUUGCUAGAGGGCACACUCCAGCAUCUGCUCUCAAUAUGCACAAAUUUAAUCUGCAUAUGGAGCACCCAGACAAUUACAUCUAUUUGGCCUCGGACCGUUCAGUUUGUCCAGACUUGAGUUUUGUUUACAAACUGUAUGCCAAAGUUUUCCAGAAGAGCUAUGGUGCAGAUUCAGGACAAGGUCUCCUGACCGCUGUAAAUAGUCUGAUUGAGAACUAUAACAAUGAACAGAAACUGAAGUGUGCAUCAAUGGAGCUCAUUAAGGACAAGACUGUGAUUGCUGUGUAUACUCCUUUAAUGAGGCGCAUUAGCGAGAAGCAUAGGGCCAGCGGUGAGCUGGUUUUCAUUGAUUCUACAGGAGGAGUAGACCGUUACAACUGCAGGGUCUUCCUCCUUCUUACACACAGUGCUGCUGGAGGUUUGCCACUAGGGUGCAUUAUAACCACCUCUGAGUCAACAGAUGCCCUAGAGCUAGGCUUUGACUUGUACAAGAGGCUGCUCUCAAAAGAUUCCUUUAAUGGACGAGGGGAGAGAGGGCCAGUUGUAAUUCUCACAGAUGACUGUGAAAUGGAGAGAAAGGCACUGAAAACGGUGUUUCCAGAAUCCAUUCUUAUUCUGUGCGUGUUUCACAUCCUUCAGGCAGUAUGGCGGUUUCUGUGGGACAGUAAGCACGCAGUUCCAAGAGAUGAUCGUCCUCACCUCCUGAAACUUGUCCGAAACCUUGUGUACGCGGACAAUCAACAGCAGCUGCAGGACUGUUACACUGUGUUAAGGAAUGAUCCUGUUGCUCUGCAGCACAGCAGUUUUAUAGAAUAUGUCAAACGAUUGUAUGAGCGUCAGCAUGUGUGGGCAAUCUGCCACAGAGAGCAGCUGCCUGUUCGUGGCAAUGACACCAACAAUUAUGUUGAGGCAGCCAUGCGAAUUUUAAAGGAUAGGAUCUUCCAAAGAGUUCGUGCAUACAGUCCUGCACAGUUGCUUGAUUUUCUGCUCACAAGCUUGCCAGCAUAUUAUGAGCGAAGGCUCAUAGAUGUCGCCAACGGACGCCUGGAUAUGACUUUAUCCAAGAAGUACGUACCCAGCAAGACAAAUUUCACUAAGGACAUGAUAACACCUUUGCCGAACAAUAUUUUCCAAGUGCACAGUGGGAAGGCGUGUUAUCUGGUGGACAUGUCUAUUGAAAUGUGCACAUGUAAGUUAGGAAAAAAUGGUGCACCAUGCAAACACCAGUUUGCAGUAGUUAGCCACUACUCACUGGAGGCUCAAAAUUUUUUGCCUAGAACAGAUGAAAAAAUGAAGUCUCACAUGAUGUAUCUUGCAACAGGCAAGCAGAAUGUGCCAUUCACAUGGUUUGCACCACUACGUGGAAGUGGGCAGACACAGGAUCUGGAAGAUUGCCUUGAGGAAAUAUCUGAUGCAGAAAAAGAAAAUGAACCUACGCAAUCAUUUGACUCACUUCCUCUUCACAAUGAUUCUGCAGACGAAUUUGAAAACCCUGUAUUACCUGAUGAGGAAACAACACUGAAAAGGAGGCAAUCAUUUGACUCACAUCCUCUUCAUAAUGAUUCUGCAGAUGAAUUUGAUAACUCUGUAACAUCUGAAGAGUUGACAACACUAAAAAUGAGGUUCCACAACUUUGUAGCUUCCGUGGAGAAACAGUUGAAUGAAAAUACCAAUGAAUAUGCACCAGCAGUAGAGGCUUUUGUAUCGAAGUGGGAGAGAAUUAAAACAGACACAGGUCGUGUUUCAGCCCUGCACACUUUUGGUAAAGACCAUCAAUGCAUGCCAUUUUCAGUCAUAAAGAGAGGUGGUAUUAAAGUCCAACCAACAGCCGUCAGCCGCAGACAAAUGCCUCUUGGGGGUCGGCGAUGUUUACAAUCAGGCAGACCACCAAAAAAACAUGACACUGAGAACAAAGGAUUGAAGCGUUCAAACAGUGAAGAUGGGAACAUGCAUAUGAUGCCCAAGCGGCGGCCUCAGCGAGCUCCCCACAACUUAAGCAAAUGUGUCCUACAAAACGAGAACAUUGGAAAAAACCACACAUCCAAAUGGUAGCUCUAGAGAUUCUGGAAACAUGACACACACAUCGUCAGAAAUCAGCUUUUGAUAUCCUCCUUCACACACACAUACACACUUUCUCUCUCACACUCACACUGAAAAAUAAUGAAGCAGCAGGGCCCAACUAAGUGAGUUUUUCUAAUAUUCCUCAGCAUCCAUUGCCCCUUUCCUAUUAGCUCAGUUUAACCACCUUUUUGAAAAUGGUUUGUUUCCUGAUGCAUGGUCUGAAGCUACCAUGCAAGCUUUACAUAAUAAGGGUGAUACUAAAUGUAUAUUUAUUUUUCCUAAAAACUUCUUGUAUAUGGACCUUACCCGAGCCUUCAGAUUGAGAAAACUGUAGAGGUAUUUCUCUGUUUAACAUCUGUAGUGAAAUUUACAUUUCUAUACUUAACAAAAGAAUCCCUGAAUAGAUUGAGCAACACAGUACUCUGGGUGAAGAACAAGUAGGCUUUAAGAGGGAUCAGCACAAUAGAUCAUAUACUUUGGUGGCACGUAUUUAGAAGCAGCUAGUAAAUCAUGAAAAGCUCUAUGUACCUUUCAUUGACUUCCAGAGAGCUUUCGAUUCAGUGAUUAGAGAAAAACUCUGGACCGUAUUACAGAAAAAUGGUAUACCUGGCAAAAUGGUUAAAGCUAUGAAAAGUAUGUUAAGGACAGAGUAAGGGUUGGCGGGGACCUGACUUUAUGUUAUAACUGCCCAAAAGGAUUAAAACAGGGUAAAUCUGCAUCCCUGUCCUAUUCUCUGCAUUUCUCAAUGAUUUAACACAUUAAAUUAGACAAAAGCUUACAUGGCUAUAUUAUGUGAUGAUUUUUCUGUACAAAUAUGGAUUUUGUUUCAUAUGGAAUAGUCAAGGGCUCUGUGUUCCAGUUCAUGGCAUGUUAUUCUGUUCUAUAGCGUCUAUAGAAUAGUUUUGAUGACACUGAGGAGUCUUGCAUGCCAACAGAUUGACCUCUACUCUUCACACUUGGAAG